CUUAAAUCAUAUUUUCCAUAACUAUGUAAGCCACUAUUUAUGGGCUUUUUGAGAAAAAUUAGGUCAGUGAACGUGGCUAUAGUGGUGCGAUAUAAGGAAGAUGCGAGAUAAACAUCGGACUUUGUAAGAUAAUGGGAAGGGCGUUGAUGGUAUAUAUAAUAGUGCUCUGAAAACAAAGUGAAUUAAGGAAAAAAAGCGAGCAUGAGCGUAGCGCAUCGAGCAGCCUUCUUGUCUGGAGGUUGGACUAGAGGAGGCACAUCGGAGGUAGUGAGGAGGGCUCAUCCCGCCUCGGGAGCUCAAUGGAACGUGCAAGUCGUAAGAGGAAAAGUAAAUGGGAAAUGCUUAUGGAACGCUUGUAAAGCUUUAAGUUUGGGGUUGCUUUUGAUGGUACUAGGAGCUGCUAUGGCGACUAUAGGGUAUUACGCUGACCAGUUGUCUGUCGCGCAAGAAAUAAGAGGUAACCAUACGGUUGCAGUUAAAAAUGAAUCCAGAGGGUUCCAUUUAAAUAAUCUGUCAUAUGCUGGGCCUAUUGUUAUGGGAGUUGGUGGGUUUAUAGUGGUGGCGGCGUGCGUAAUGACCUUCGAAGCACGUGACUCAGCAGCCAAAGUGGUCCCGGCCAGAUUUAAGAUGAGUACCACAGGACCACCCUCUGGAAGUUAUCAACAUAAUGCGGUAGCAAGAAGCGGACACGGCUCACUCAGAACCUCCGGUUCACAAACAGCAACAAACGUCGGUACUUCGACCCAUCACGGGCAGUACGCGCAUCGCGGAAGUUUACAUGGGGCGCACCACGGUGAUCAUCACGGCAGACACCAUCAUCACAUACCCGAUCGUCACAAUCUCACGCAAUCAUUUGUACAGUUUUCCAGAGGCCUUGGGUUAGAAUCUAGGAAUUUCAGCAAUCACAAAUAUGUACAGGGUACUUCUCCGAGUGGUACAAGAAGUAGUUCUCUUAAGGUUCCACAGGGUUCUAUUAACCGAAGUCCAUCCGCCCCAGACUUAGUUUUUGAUAAGCAAGCGACGCAUGGUGUUUCUGGUACUAAAGAGUCGACUUCACCUUCAACGGCUGGUCAUCACAAAUCACCGAUUACCGGCCAUCAAUCGUCAAGAAGAACGUUUGCGGCCUGCGCUUUGUUGAAUCCCGGUUUGCUCAACAGACACGCACUAAGCGUUGACGAGGCCGCUGGAAAUUACAAAAGUAACGAGUCCUUACAACACGGAACAGGUUCUCAAGGUUCUAUGGCAAUGGAUUUACACUUGGAGGCGGUGACCCUCAAAAUACGGGACAAACGAAGAAAUCCCUUGAAGCGGCAAAGAAAAAUCGAAGAAGACGAGCACAAGCACGAGAACAACAGUACCGGCUCAAGAAGAAAUUCCCACUCGCACUCGCCGAGAUUGUCCGGACAGUGUCAUUUAACAAAGGACGGAGCGAACGGAGGUUCUGCACAAUAUUUGCCCUCACAAUCGAUAUCGCAUCAUUCGUGUCAUAAGACACGGAGAAGCUCAAACGCUUCCGAUUGUAGUCAUAGAUCGAGAAGCAGAAGGAGAGAGUCGGUCAGUUGCCAUCAGGUCAGAGGGAAGUUGGAAAGAGCGAUCAGCUCUGAUUCAAGAUUGCCAUCUGGAGCUUCAUCCAGUGCCACCGGAGCGAUACCGAAAUGUUAUCACUCCCACGAACCAUCUAGACACAAUUCGACUGAGCAAGAAACCCAGGAACAAAUCGCAGGAACUUCUACGUCCGACAACGAUAUCAGAAAAUCGCAUCAUGUGAUGGUACAUUUUUCACCGACUACUGAUGGAUAAAAACCUGCUUUUUUAUUUUCGUCUACUUCUUGUCAGUUUGUCCAUGAAAGUUUAAUUUUCAUUCGAAUGUUCGUAGUGCCAAAUUUAUACCAAAAAAUGUAGUUUUUGUACAUUUUUAUAGUAACGCACCUAUUUCUUAUCUAAGCUAAACUGUCUUCCUUCUUCCAGUAUCAAUUAAGAGUAUACCAAAUGAGUUAAAGGGAAAUUAUAGUACUUAAAAGGGCAUUUUAUUCAUGUUUGAGCAGUACCAUUUUGGGACUGCAUUGGUAGACUAGGAAAGCGUAUUGACAAUGCGAAUGCGAUAUGUGAUAAGAGCAUAAACAUUUCAGUAGUUGUGACAAAAGGGACCUUAUAACCUUUAAAAAACGUAAUUUUCUUGAUGUUAUAUUAUUAAGCGUAUAACAUUUUAACUUGUUAUAAAGUAAAAGAUGUACCGAUCCAAGACUUGUUAUAAAAAUACCAAUUUAAAUGUUAUCGACUUUUGUAGAUUUAUAAGUUGUAAACUUGUUAAAAUCUAUCAUAUUUAUAUAUAUAGAGGAUGUUUCCAAUUAGUGGGUUAAUUCGCUAAACAUUGUGUGGAGAAAUCUACAUUUUUCUUUUAAAAUACAGGGCGGUAAAAAGAUAUUUUAUUUGUUUCCAUAAAGGACUUUCUCUCUUCAGUCAAAUUCGUUGAAACUUUAGGUAAUUUUCAGAUGAUUCUCUGUACACAGACACAACUUCCUUUUCCGAUUAUACUUGGGAGCUACACAUUAAAAAACAUCAACAUUGAAAAACAACACAUUAUUUAUGGUUAAAUUAGCUGACUACAUGAAUCAAUAGAACAUUGCCAAAAUAGGCGAGAUGGUACAGUAAUAUGUUACUAGUAAUAUAUUACUGUAUUCCCACACAUAACUCCAAUUAUCACCAACACACAAACUACAUAAAUUUUGCCACAUGAUUAAACAUCGAGGGUCAGGAUGAAACGAGCUACAAAACACGUACACUUACGAUACAGGUCUGGGCAACUCAGAUUUUGGAUGCGUAAAGAGUAUUUUCUAAGUAUACAUAUUUAAUAAGAAAGUUUCGUUAGUAAAGUCUAAUUUUCGAUCUUCCAUUCACUUUAUUUCAAAUCUAGAACGACGUUUCGGUAUAUCCAACCGUUAUGAAGAGUACACUAACAACAAUGAUUCUACAGGCUAGAGGCAUGUGACGUCCAAUCAUGUAGUGAAGCGCAUAUUAGAUCUUGCAAUGUCCUGGCAGUGGAGUUCUCCAAACUUUGGGAAUAUCAACAUUAGGCUGUCUGAAUUAUGAUUCCUUUGUUCUGAAUCCAGGAAACUUUCAAAAAGAUCUUUGCUUUUGUUCAAUGUAUGUUCCUGAUCUGGAAACCUCUCCUGUUCGAGUCCACUUUCGAUGUUCUGUUAUCCUGAAUUCCUGUGUAUGACUCUCCACAUUCACCGAGGUCCUGGUAUACGCAAUUCUUCGUAUCCAGUAGGCUUUUUGGUUUCAUCUUCCAUACUAAACCUCGUCUUUUAAGUGCUGUUGAAUUUUCUGGAAAUUCUCCUGAAUUUUUCCGAAGUUCCCUUGAUGUACGGAAUCGUUAAACAUCCUGUAGGAUCCUUCAGUUGCUCUUUCCUUGUUAUCUCUGUCUGCUUUCCUAAUAGUUGUCUUUUCACUUAUGUUUUCCUAUUAGUUUGCUUAGAUACCCGUUUUGCUGUAAGUAAGUCUUUGGUGAUGUUUUCUAUCUCCCUGUUGAGUUCAACAUUAUUGCAUAUUGUGGCUGCCCUCCUAUAUAAUGUUUUAAUGAUUUCCGCCUUUAUUGAAUGGUUGCAGGAUGAUUGGAGUUGAAGUGUAGUUGCUACUGUCCUUUGUGUGUGUGUUGGUUUGCGAUAGAUUUAUGCCCUUAGGCGUCCAUUAUUCUUUAAAGAACUAACAUUUAAGAAAGGCAGCGCAAUCAGUUUCCAACAUCGUGAACUUGAUGUUUCUAUUACGUUAUCAGCAAAUUGAUUGUUGUAGUCAGCUAUUUUACCUUUAAAUAACGUGUUAUUUGACCUCUGGACGCGCAAAGCUUGCAAAUAAACUGGGAAAAAAGGUCGUCACCCUUUGCUAAAGCGAAUUUAACCGAAGAGCUUUUUAUACCUUAGGUAUGCGAAGUUCUUUAUUAAAAAAGGAAAACUAUUAAAAAAAAAUGGGAGAUGGUACCUCUUGGUCCUUCCAAUUUAGAUAAUAAACGACAAAAAAAAUUAAACUACCAAUAGUAAAGAUUACUAUUAGGUGAAUUUUAUUAUUCAACCCCAAGUCUCUAAUAAAAUGUAUGGAGUGCUAGAUAGAUAUAUAAGGAAUCGCCCAAGAUUUCAAUACAUCUACGAACGAGUACUCCCAACGUUUUUUUUUUAAAUUUCAAUGCUAUGGUAAAGUAGAUACAAAAAUCAAUGUACCUACAAGUAUAUUAAAUGAAUAUUUAUCGAGGAGUUCUAAUGGGUAAUUUCUGGCCACUCAAAAGUUUGUUGUAAAAAUUUCGUUUUUUUUUAUUUGUUCUAUAAAAACUUACUACAUGACUACAUUUUCUCAUAUUUCAAGACGAGCUUAUUCGUCACAGCAUACCACUUAGACAGUUUUUUCAAAUCAAGUGGCAACAGAAUCAUCUUUUUCUGAGCUAAUCACUCUAGAUUUUUAAAUUCAGGAAUUUUAAUUUUUUUUCAUUAAUUCAUAAACUACAAGCAGAAAUUUACUAUUCUUGAAACAAAUCGUAUCAUUUACGAGUAUAUUCAACAGUCAAAAAAAAAAAUAAAGUAGAAAAGGUACACUGAUAAGGUAUCAAUUGCCUUGGAAAAGUUUGUAAGGUUAAUAUACUUAGGUAAUUUGACUGUAUAUUUGGGUUUAAUUGAAUCCAGAAAAUAAAUCACAAAAACAAUAGUUAAUCUUUAUAUACAUGCAGCGUGUUUUUUAAUAUUGCGAUAAAAUUCAAGGGCGUGUCCCUUGGACGAAAUCAAGCAAAAAAGUUCCUAUGAACAUAUGUCCUAAAAGUCUUAGAUUUUGCACUACAGGUUGGUAAAGUUGAAUGAAAAAUCUUAAAUAUGAUACCGAUAAAUGUGAUACCACUAUGCAUAUAAGAUAGGAAUGUAUUCGAUUAUUUUACCAAAAACACCUAAAAAAAAAGGCUGAAAACAGAGUUAUAAAAAUGAUUACGAUAAUUAGAUUUAGGCGUUAUGGCUAUCCCCAAUAAUGAUUUUUUUUUGUGAAAACCGUACAUUGGGCGGAAAAUUACCAAAAGACCAGAUAUACUCUAAAAGAAAUGGAAAAUUCAAACUAUUUUUUUUGUAGUGACGUAUCCUUUUCUUUUAAACGAAUAUUCAGUUCAAAGCCCUCAUGAACGUCAAUGACGAAUAUAAAAAUUUUAAUUGUGUAUAAAAAAAACGGUAAUGCUAAAAACUCUAUGGAUGCUUAGAAGCUGCGUACCAAUUUUCCGAAAAAUGUCUAUAUGGGUAUCAAAUUUAUCGAAAAAAGUAUGUUUUCUUCUUUUAACUUUACCACCCUUUAGUGUAAAAUCUAAGAUGUUUAGAACAUAUGUUCAUAGGAAGUUUUUUGCUUGGUUUCGUCUAAGGAACACGCGAAUGUCUGUCCGGAGUGUUAGCAUAACGCCAAAACUGUACUACGGAAUAAUACGAAAUAUAAAUGAGCAGCCUUAUGUGUUUUUCCCUUAGGAAGGUUAUAGGCACGGUUUUCGCAGAUUAAAACCAUGUUAAAUUGCGAAACUGAAAUUCAAUGUUUACCUUUUAGAGUGCUUCCACUGCCUUGACGAAUUCACUUUAUUGAUAUUUUUACAAUGAAAAAACAAAUAUUCAUGUCCAUUUAAUAUAGGAACCAGUUACACAAAUCGCUAAAAUCCAAAGUAUUAACUUUUGGGGCAAUACAUAUAAUUUGAAGGUAUUUAAAUUAAAUCUUCAAAAUGUUCACCGCAUUCGUGAGAAUACACUUCUGGUUUCUUGCACAAUGGCAUAAUAAAUAUUUUCGAAACUGCUUACAAUUUUAAUUGAAAAUUCUUUGUUCUUUUCAUGUUUGUAUUCUCUAAUUGAUGUCAUAAAUAAACAAAAAAAAAACUGAUUAAGGUCUAGUGAAUGGGGUGGCCAGUAAAUAGACGCACUUUGUUCCCAAUGAAUUCACCGGUCCGAAAAUGUAUUGCUAUUUUAAUUGUUUGACAAAUUCAAAUAUAGAGUAAAAUUAUAUCUUAGAAAUCUAAAAUUUUAUUAAGAGACAAAAAAGUUGAAUAAAACAUCACUUCCUGACAACAAAAAAUGUGUAAAGUUUAUCCGGCAUUUGGGUCCUUAAGAACCGGAUUAAAAAGUGCCAUGAACUACUUUUCUUACUACUCACUAUUAAUUUUUUAAUAAAUUUAUAUAUUAGUGAGCUUGAACAACACAAAAGAUGUGAAAAUAUAAAAUUUAAAAAAAACGGCCAUUUAUUUUGAAAAAACAAUAGUUUCAUAUUUUAUCGUAAGGAAUAUAUGGAUAACGGAUUGACCUACUACCUUGUAACACCCUGUAUAAACUAUUUAACUAAUAGAGAAACUUGUGUGUUAUUUCUAUACUGUAUGCCAUUUGAGGCAUGCACUAAAAUCCUUUAAACUGUUGAAUUCGGUCCUAAAAUAUCAUAAAUUUAAAUAAAUGUAUGUUUGUACGCGAUUAUAUUUAUAUAGAUAAAAUUUUACAUGUUUUAGAUAUUGUUAUCCUUAUAGGUUUCAUGUGAAUCACAAGAAAAAUGUAUUUAUUAUGUGUAAUACUCAAUAA